AUGGACUCAGUUUACCCUUCUUCCUCUGCAACCAUUUCUCUGAAGCCUCCACGUAACUCGGAUUCAAACUCGUUUUCGGGUUCCGGAAAUUGGGUUACGAGCUCUUCUGGUUCGGAUCACAAAGUCGGGUCCUUUUCUCGUUCCCUGAUGGAAAAAAAGCUUCAUAAGGUUGUGGUCGGUGACGCUGGUUAUGUGCUCGAAGAUGUUCCUCAUUUCUCUGAUUACAUUCCUCAUCUCCCUACCUACCCAAAUCCAUUGCAAGACAAUCCUGCAUACUCAGUCGUCAAGCAGUACUUUGUUAAUGUGGAUGAUACUGUUGCCCAAAAGAUUGUUGUUCACAACAAUAGUCCGAGGGGCACACAUUUUCGGCGUGCUGGACCACGUCAAAAGGUGUAUUUUGAAUCAGAUGAUGUUCAUGCUUGUAUUGUGACAUGUGGGGGCCUGUGCCCUGGGCUCAACACAGUGAUUAGGGAGAUAGUUUGUGGUUUGCACCAUAUGUAUGGUGUAAAGAAAGUUCUGGGAAUUGAUGGAGGAUACAGGGGUUUCUACUCUUGUAACACAAUUUCUUUGACCCCUAAGAGCGUGAACGAUAUCCAUAAGCGUGGUGGAACCAUCCUUGGAACAUCACGAGGCGGCCACAAUACCUCAAAGAUCGUUGACAGCAUUCAAGACCGUGGAAUCAAUCAGGUUUACAUAAUUGGAGGAGAUGGAACCCAGAAGGGGGCAUCUGUGAUAUAUGAGGAAAUUAAAAGACGUGGUCUCAAAGUGGUAGUUGCUGGAAUCCCCAAAACCAUUGAUAAUGACAUUCCGGUUAUUGACAGGUCCUUUGGCUUUGACACUGCCGUGGAGGAGGCUCAACGAGCAAUUAACGCGGCCCAUGUUGAAUCUGAAAGCGUUGAGAAUGGAAUUGGCGUUGUGAAGCUGAUGGGCCGGUAUAGUGGGUUCAUUGCUAUGUAUGCAACUCUUGCAAGCCGAGAUGUAGAUUGUUGCUUAAUUCCAGAAUCACCUUUUUAUCUGGAAGGUCCUGGUGGACUUUUCGAAUACAUAGAGAAACGACUCAAAGAAAAUGGGCACAUGGUUAUUGUCAUCGCUGAAGGUGCUGGGCAGGAGCUUCUUUCUGAGAUCAUGCAUUCUAUGGCCAAAGAGGAUGCUUCAGGAAACAAGCUUCUCCAAGAUGAUCAUUUUUCAAAAAGGAACAAAAUGACCAUAAACCUCAAAUAUAUAGAUCCUACGUAUAUGAUUCGAGCUGUUCCAAGCAAUGCCUCUGAUAAUGUGUACUGCACACUCCUUGCUCAAAGUGCUGUCCAUGGAGCAAUGGCAGGUUACACAGGAUUUACAGUCGGGCCUGUCAAUGGGAGACAUUCUUAUAUACCUUUCCAUAGAAUCAUUGAGCAGCAGAACAAGGUUGUGAUAACUGACAGAAUGUGGGCUCGGCUCCUAUCUUCCACAAACCAGCCAAGUUUUUUGAGUGCUAAAGACGUCAUUGAGGACAAGAAAGAAGAACUGCCAAGCCAGUUGUCGGAUCAUCAAAAUGGUUUAAAAGACAAUUUGGUGAAGAAGGAAAUCAGUUAUGCCCUGUAA